GGCGUUUCGCGCCCUAUGCUUGGUUGGCGCGCUAGAAUUCAUGGUGUUUUACAAUACACCUUAAAAUACUUAUUUUAUAAAUUGUGCUCUGAACAAACACACACUUUACUUUGUGUACGAGUGAAGAGAAAAGAUGACGAGACACAAUUGCAAUCAGGCAAAAAUAAGUGCAUAAUUGGAACCUCUGAUAGCAGAGCCACUCUCCUAACAGUUCACUUUCGUUUUCCAAGCAGAGAAGAAGUGUGUGUGGAAUUUAGAAUGUCGUUUGAGAACGCAGAAGCAUAUUUGGAAGGGAAUCAAUAUUCCAAAGUUGUGACUAAAACUCUUAUCAAUGAGUUCUACGAUUGGUUUGGGUGGAAAAAGGAUGGCAAGGACUCAAUCCUGGACAUCGGCAGCGGGCCUGGAAAUGCCUUUUACGAAACUUUGUAUUCCCGACUUCCGGAAAACUUCUCAAGAAUUGUGCUUUCGGACAUUUCCAAGCCAAUGGUUGAGUUGCAAAAGAAAGUGUUUCAAGGAAUUGAUCGCGUUUCCAGUGAAAUUUUGGACAUUGGAUCGCCAAUUGAUGAAAAUCUUUCGAAGAAACUCGGAACUUUCGAUCAUGUGACGUCGUUCUUCUGCUUGAUGUUCGUGAAGGAUCAACAACUGGCCAUGGAUAACAUAUACAAACUACUCAAGCCGGGAGGAGAUUGCUUUCAUGUGAUCGCGAUUAAUUCUCCUAUUUUCGACACCGCCAUAGCAGUCUAUGAGAAACCGCGAUGGAAGGAUUAUUGUACAGGUUGGCAGGACUUCUUCGUCUUGCCUUACAGGAAGCUUAACGAAGCCCAAGUCAAAGAGAAGGCAUUCAAUUUCAUGAAACAAGCCGGAUUCUCCAAUUUGAAAGCCGAAAUCAGAUACGACAGUUUCGUCUUCAGCUCUGACGAGGCAAAAGAGAAAAAUUUAAGAGUUAUGCCGACGAACUUCUCAAGGAAAGUCACUCCAGAGGAGGAAGAAGAAUUUUUCCAGGAUCGUUUGCAAUACUUCGAUCAAUUCGCGCUAGGAAAUUAUCGUGACAACACUGGAAAAAUCGAUCAACCUAACAGUUUAUUAAUUUUGUACGGAAAGAAACCUGAAUAAAGUACUCUUGAAAAUAACGCGAUCAACGGCAAAUGAGUCCUAAAAUAGCAUAUAAACACAUAUUUUUAUGAUACACUUUACUUUUACUAAACUACUGUCAUUCUAAUUGAUAGAAAUAAUACAAAAAAUAAACACGUGCAACAUAAA